CCAAGCUGUCCCUGCCCUCUCUGUGCUGGGGACCUGGGGACACCUGGCCCCAAGGCGCUGAUGUGCUGCUGUGUCCCAAACUCCCUAAGCAGCCCGUUGGAACAGGACGUGGCUGGAGAAAGGAGGAACACGAGAUCGUUGAUUUGAAGUAGUCGGGGCAGACCUGGCUCCUCUCCGUGGGAAGCUCAGUCCCGUGUUUCACUCGGCCACCUCAGCUCCUCCUCUUUGCCAAAACCAUGGGGUUUUCUGAGAGAUUCAGAUGUGUUUGGGACUGAGGCUGGUGAGGAACUCCCUUACCCUUUCUCCCUGCUGUGUUUUUUGGGGUUUUCCCCCGUCCCUGCUGCGUGCCCAUGGGUUACUGCGCAGCCCUGUACUGCCGGAACGCCACGAGCGGGGUGUACAAGAACAGCUCGGUGAGUUUUUAUGGAUUCCCCCUGCAAAACAAACCCCUCCUGCGGCAGUGGAUCCAAAACAUGGGCCGGGACAUGGACACGCCCUCCAAGUACCACUGCCUGUGCUCGGAGCACUUCGAGGAGAGCUCCUUCAGGAUGGACCCUCUGAAGAUCCGCAAGAGGCGGCUCCUGCUGAAGGAAGCUGUUCCCAGCAAAUUCAUCCUGGGGACGGACGGGACCUGGCUCGUGGGGACCCCCCAGGGCUUCAGCACCGGGAUGAGCAGCAGGAAACGAAAGCAGAUCCGGAAUUCCGAGCCCUGUGGGAUCCCUGUGAUGUUUCCUGUGUGGCCACGCCUGCAGGAUUGGCAGAAUGAAUUUUAUAAGCAACUGCUGAAGGAGAAAUACGGAUCUGUGAUCAAACUGGAAAAAGUUGCAGAAAGCCAUGUCCCAGCAGGAGGAGCGGCACAGGUCAAGGAUCCACAGGAUUUGGAGGGAAGGAAAAUUCCUUCCUCAAUUCCUUCCAGCCUCAGCACAGAUACAGGGAAUGUUUGGAAUCUCCUUGUUCCAGGCCACGGUGGUGCCGUGAUCCAGGGUGCAGGAGGCACACAGCUCCAGGGAUUCCCCUCAGGAGCAUCCCGAGCGCCGCAGCACUGCCACAGCUCAGACCAGGCGGAGACAUCAGGGAGCUGCCACAAUCCGGCAACAAAUGGAACAAAUCCCACGGGAAUCAGGAGCAGUAACAGCGUUGCGGCGGGGCAGGGGCUGGAUGAGUUCAGGCGGUUCCUGCUGUACCACCAGGGCCGGCCCGAGGACGCGGCGGCGCCGUGGUUCAUCUGCGCCGAGUGCGGGAGGAGCUUUGCCCGCCACGCGUACCUGCUGCGGCACCAGCGCGCCCACGCCGGGCAGCGCCCCGUGCCCACGAGGAACCCGCCCUCCACGGCCACCCCAGGGGGCAUUUCCACCUCACCCACGGGCCACAGGCCUGCCUGGGGCACGGCUGGGCAGUCAGACAUCAAAACCCCUGCUCUGCUCCCCUGCUCUGGGGGUUUAUAGUCCUGUAUGGGGCAGAGCGGAGCUUGGGGACCAGGCAGUUUGCCCAAAUGGAGUUGUGCUGGUUUGGAAGCAAACCAGUGGGAGAUCCCAAGUCAGAAGUACGAUUUAAUAGGAAAAUUAAAAUAAAAUGCAUUAAUACAAAACCACUGGCAGAGUCAGAACACAACCUGCCACCCUGUUGGUCGGGGUGUUAGCAGCUGUCCAAUUCCAUGGUGGCUGCAGUCCUCCUGCAGUGACAGAUGUGGUUCUGUUAGAGCAGAGAUGAUCCUGUAGCAGGGUGCAGUUUCCUCUGAAGCUCCAGUGGUGCUGAGAUGGGUCCAGUUUUCCUCUGGGAAUCCAGUGGAAAGAGGCUGUGCUGCUGUUCUGAAUCCCAGGGUUUAUCCAGGUGGGAAUGCAGAGCACACAGGCUGUGCUGGGCUCUGAAUGCUAGGGUUUAUCCAGGUGGGAAUGCAGUGCACACAGGCUGUGCUGGGCUCUGAAUGCCAGGGUUUAUCCAGGUGGGAAUGCAGUGCACACAGGCUGUGCUGGGCUCUGAAUGCCAGGGUUUAUCCAGGUGGGAAUGCAGAGCACACAGGCUGUGCUGGGCUCUGAAUGCCAGGGUUUAUCCAGGUGGGAAUGCAGAGCACACAGGCUGUGCUGGGCUCUGAAUGCCAGGGUUUAUCCAGGUGGGAAUGCAGAGCACACAGGCUGUGCUGGGCUCUGAAUGCCAGGGUUUAUCCAGGUGGGAAUGCAGUGCACACAGGCUGUGCUGGGCUCUGAAUGCCAGGGUUUAUCCAGGUGGGAAUGCAGUGCACACAGGCUGUGCUGGGCUCCUCCCCUGGGUGGAGCAUCUCCCAUGGAUGAUGGAAUUGGAUCAGCCCUGCAGGGAGCCUCGAUGGCCCAUGGACAGCAGAGAUCCCCUGGAGGGAGGAUGGGUCCUGGAAGGGAUAAAGAACUCAGGGUUUAUGAGGGACGGGUCCUGGAAGGGAUAAAGAACCCUGCCCUGUCUGGGUUUAACAGCUGGUGGUAGAAUACAAACUGCUGCUUACAUCCUGCAUUGCAAUCUAAGACAUGAACCGAGUUCUGACUCAAUCUGGUGCUGCCCUGAUGGGCACUGGUUACGACCUGGGUAAUUCCUGUUGUUCUUGCCAUGCUCCAUCCAUCUCCUCCUUGGAGCAGGAGCUGGAUAGAGCAGCACUGGCUGCACCAAAAGGGGUAUUAAGAAAACCUGGUGUACCAAACAACGUGUGCUGGAGAGCAUCCAGAGUAGCACAGAGGAACACUGGAGGUUUUCAGGGAUGAAAAAUAAAGAAUUUGGAAUGGGAUUGUGAUAUUUGAAGCAACUGAUUCCGGGCAUUAUUUCCCUACUUUAGCUGCUGUACCUGCAGAACUAACUCUAUUUUUGGGUUCUGUUUUUAUACUGACACCUUGUUUUCCUGUGGGGUGAGAUGCUGCUUUGGGUUCUGAAAUUCUGUGGAGAAAAAAAACAUGGAUGUAUUCUAAAUGUGUGUACAGUGUGUCUGUGAUGUUCCUCUGGGAAGUGGAAACGCAGCAGGGAGAGGGUAAGAUUAGAGGAGAGGAGGGGGGGCCUGUGGAGGCAGCACAGGCAGAUUUUGUGUUUUCUCCCCACGUGCUGGUGGUUUUCAGUGUUUUUGAAUAUUCCAGUUGGGUGCCAAGAGGGAAAAUGUGUUGCCUGCAGUUGGAGGGGUGUCCUCAGUCACAGACUCCAGCUGGAAUGAAGUCUCUGGGCGCAGCAGCCCCUGAGGAGCAGCAGAGAACACCCAGCUGGUGCCGGGCUGGAGUUCCAGGAGUGCUGAGCAGCCUUUGGAAAACAGACCUAGCCCCAAAGCAUCCUGCCCAUCCCAGGUACAGGAAUGAUGUCCCAAAACCCUUUUGGCACUGGCUUCUCAUUGUUUCCUUCUCAUAAGUGAAAUCCCGGGGUUGGCUUUGCUUUUAUUCCUCAUAGAAUUCCAGAAUGGUUUGGAUUGGAAGGACCUUCAAGAUCAUCCAGUGCCACCCCUGCCAUGGCAGGGACACCUCCCACUGUCCCAGGCUGCUCCAAGCCCCAGUGUCCAGCCUGGACAUUGUCCCUUGGGCACUGCCAGGGAUACAGGGACAGACACAGCCCUGUGCCAGGGCCUGCCCACCCUGCCAGGGAACAAUUCCUGCCCAGUCUCCCACCCAGCCCUGCCCUCUGGCAGUGGGAGCCAUUCCCUGUGUCCUGUCCCUCAUCCCCUGUCCCCAGUCCCUCUCCAGGCUGGGAUGCUCCAGUGGGGCUGUGGUUUUACAGCCAGGACAUCCUGCACUGCUCCAGGCCCUCAGAGAGCCCCAGCAGGAGGGAAUGUGAGCUCCUGGGCUGGAAUGAACCCCAUUCCACAGGGGGAAGGCUCCUCUGUCUCCUGACCCCUGGAUCCGUGGGAUGCUCCAGGCCCAGCACCCCUCACUCCUGGGGGGCAGCGCUGCCGUGUCAGACCCACCUUUAGCUCCCCCCAAAGAGCAGCACCUUCAGCAGGGGCUGUCCUGGGGAUCAAAGCUUCUCCCAGGAGGAACUGACAUUCCCAGGGAGGAAUCACCUGCGUGGUAAGAGAUGUUUGGAAAAUUUGGGGAAUAAACUGAGCAAACCCUGUCUGUGCUGGCAGCAGGUGAAUCCAUGGAUGAGAUGAAGAAACCUCAGAGGCUGAGG